GAGUUUGCAGUUAAAGAAUCAUCUUAUUUGUAAUCUAAAUUUUAAUGAACUCCCAUUGGGAUUGUAUUUGUAAAUAAGAAUAAAUAAACAAAAAAAAAAAAAAAAAAAAAGGAAAAAAAUCUCCCUUCUUCUUAUUCGGCGGUGACAGUAAGCAAGAAAAUAACAGAGCUAAGUAAUCUUUUGUUCGUCGAUGGGCGCUUCAGAAUCAUCUCUUGCGAGCUCCCAGAAUCCGGAGGAUGGGAUCACCACUGUUUCGGAGCGUACAAAUGGCGUUGACCCUAUUUUACAGAAGCUUCAAUCCCUUCAAAUUACGAAGCCGAUACUGACGUCAGCCCCUGCAGAGAGUACCUUGACUGAUAUCCUUGUCCGAAAACCAUUCUCUUCUUCCACUUCUGGUUCUGUAAAUCCUAAUGUGCUACUGGAGCUCUUUUCGACGUAUCGCAACUGGCAAGAGGAGAAUGUUCAAAAUAUAAGUAAAAGACAGGAAGAGAUUGAAAAUAAGAUAGAAGUAGCUGAUGCGUUAGCUGUCAAACUUCUCAAACGUUUCAAUUACUCUGUCUCAGCAAUAAAGACGACAUCUAAUCAUCUAUCAGAAGUACAUGGCUUGCAAGUGGAACUUGGAGAGUUAAAAGGAAGAUUAACUGAGGUAAUAAGCAACUGUGAUGCAUUGUGCAAGAGAAUUGUUAAUGAAGGACCAGAAUCACUUCAAUCUUCUGUCGAACCAUUAACAGCAGCCGCCUCUACUAAUCACAACUCUCUCUCUCUUUUACCAUCUUUGCCUUCUUCUCAAGAGGAGGAUCGAUUAUCACAGGAGUCAAGUUAGCCUUUUUUUUUUCUUUUUUUUUUUUUUUUUGUGUGUGUACAGUGUUGAAAGAAGUGCAAUUAGGUUGAGUUGCAAGCUAUCGCGUGCCAAACAACCCGACCGUACCCCGCCAAAUUGUAUUCUAUCUGGCAAAGUUGUUUUAUUUAUUUCCAAAAGAAAACGAAAGUCCCUCAAUUGUACUGGUGAUUGAUUAGUUCUAUAGUUUAUCUUAUUCCAAGUAAUUAUGCAUUUUGAUAAUUUUAUAUGAUCACCUAAGAGUUAACAUUUUUUAUUUAAAUAUGCAUUGUCUUGUUUC